AUGAAUCUCUUAUCGCAAGCCCUUGAAUAUGGAGCUCCUCUAUUUAUCAUGACCUCGCCGGUCACCUCGUAUGCGGACCAGAUCCUCAGCAUCCACCGCAGCCGAAGCUCGGCUGGCUUCUCCAUGGACAUCCCAUUGAUCAUGCUUAUUGCGUCGAUUCUGAAGGUCUUCUACUGGUUCGGCGCCAAGUACUCUCUUUCGCUCCUCAUCCAGGCCGUCCUCACGAUCGGAGUGCAGAUUAUUCUGCUCAAGGUAGCCCUCGACAACCGGCCGGCCCCUGGGUUGAAGAAUGGCGUGGAGCACGUCCCCUUUAGCAGCGUCGACAGCGGGCAGGGGUUCACGAGACCGUAUGAUUUCUGGCAGUGGCGGAGCGCGAAGCCUUACUGGAUGUUCCUCGCCUAUUUCACCGUUGGCCUCGCCGUCGUCCAAGUCUUCCUUCCGCCGCUCGCCUACUCGCAGUCCUAUAUCGGUCUGCUGGGAUACGUCGGCCUCGCAGUGGAGGCGACGCUGCCGUUGCCCCAAGUCAUCAAAAACCAUCAAUCGCGGUCCUGCGUGGGGUUCCGGCUGUCGGUGGUUGCGGCGUGGAUUCUGGGUGACAUCACGAAGCUGAGCUACUUCUUCUGCAGCGCGGAGGUGAUCCCCUGGUCGUUCCGGCUGUGCGCGAUGUUCCAGUGCAUCUGUGAUUUGUAUCUAGGACUGCAGUUCUGGAUGUAUAGUGGACCCUCGUUUGGGGCUGCGGGCAGUCCUUCUCGGGGUGCGAGUGAGGGGUGGGAGGUUGAGGAGAAGGAUAUUCGGAUGACUUGA